GGAUCUGGUCAGAUUCAAGGGGCUCGUGACACACUGAUACUCUGUUGUUUUGAAAUGACAACGGGUUUGGGGUUUGAGCUGAACUCGUUUGAUUCGGCCGUUGUUUAUCCAUUGUUAAUGCAUUAAUUUUAAUUUUAAGAUUAUAACCGUACAUUGUUUUUUGGAACUGUUUCUAAGCGAAUAUAUUGGAAGGGGGCUCGACGGGUACAUCAAUAACUCAGAGCGAUAACUGUGCGAUGGGAACAAGUCAUAAACUGGACACAAUUUAUAUGGGGCAACACCCACUGAAGUUGUAUAAAAGCGUGUGCCUGGUCAAGGUGGAGCAUCAGUCAACGUUUGUUCUCUACGUUCUACAACUGCACCACAUCCCAAUCAAGAUGUUCAAAUUCGUGAUGAUCUGUGCUGUUAUCGGCCUGGCCGCCGCUGUGCACCACCCAAUAGAACACCGCCCAGUGCCCCACCAUCCAGUGAAGGUAUCCCACCCUGAGCCACACCCUGCACCACACCCUGCACCACACCCAGUGCCCGUUCAUCAUGGUGAGGAGGUUCACGCUGAUGUUGUUUCCCGCAAGGAUGAUAUUCGCCCAGAUGGCUUCGACUCAAGCCUUGAGACCACCAACCACAUCACUCGCUCAGAGAGCGGUGAUGAGCAUGGAAACAUCCACGGCAGCUUCGGCUGGAUCUCCCCCGAAGGCGAGCACAUUGAUAUCAAGUACGUUGCUGAUGAGCACGGCUACCAGCCAUCGGGCGCUGCCAUCCCCGCCAUCCCCGAAGCCAUCGCACGCUCCAUUGCAUGGAACGAGGCGCAUCCCCAAGCCCCCGAGCCCCACAACCCCCAUAGCGUUCCCCAUAGCGCUCCCCAUGGCUCUCACCAUUAAGGCAAAUUCAGCUCCUAAGCUGAUUGUUUAUAGUGGACUUGGAACGUACA